AGAGUUGACAGACGUAGCUGAACGUGUGAAGUUGUUGUCAGUGCUACACUUUCCUCUUUCUUCGCCCGUCUUCUGGUUCCAAAACGGCUCUUCAUUACGCGUUUAUGAGGGUAAAAGUUUAAUUAUGUUGACGUCAUGUUAGUGAAUAAUAUCGUUCUUAUGUUACUUAUGUGAUUUAUGCGAUGCAAACAAAUUAGCUCGUCUGAAGUAGCUAGUUUUUGGCCGUAUUUUCUGUCAUUAUUUCACUCGUUUUCGUUGUAAAUCACGCACUGAAUUUAAUCUUAAUUAACCGGAGUUGGCACCAGGAUGUCAGCCACCUGCGUGCCUCGCGUUGUGCCGGCAGACAGUGAUGUUUAGGCUGCCUGGUCUUUUCAGAGGAGCACUCAGGAGCGUCUGCAGCGCCGCCGACGACAUGGCGAAGGGCAAGUUUUUCUACGCAGUGAGAAACGGCUUCAAACCCGGAGUCUACAAAUCAUGGGAUGAAUGUAAAGCACAGGUGGAGAAAUUUCCCUCUGCAUCUUUUAAAAAGUUUGCGGCAGAGAAAGAAGCCUGGGCUUUUGUCAGAGGAGCUGAAAUAUCUGCUCCUCCACCGGUGAAUAAAGGAGCUCAGAGUUUAGAUUCGGCCAUCACUCUUCCUAAAAGAGGCCCUGAACCUCUGGAGUACAUCCCUCUCGGUAAGAAGAGAUCCCACUCGGACCAGGAGGACGGGGUUUUACCGCCCAAACGAACCAAACCGUCGGAAAGCUCGUGUUCAGGAAGCAGCGGCGACGGAUUCACAUACAUGGGUGACGCGGUGGUGGUUUACACUGACGGCGGCUGCACAGGCAACGGGAAACAAGGAGCCCGAGCAGGCAUCGGCGUUUACUGGGGCCCCAACCACCCACUAAACACAGCUGAGCGUCUGCUGGGAAGACAAACCAACCAGCGAGCAGAGAUACAGGCAGCCUGCAAAGCUCUGCAGCAGGCCAAAGAGAAGAACAUCAAGAAGCUGCUUAUUUACACCGACAGCAUGUUUACCAUCAACGGUAUCACCAAGUGGGUGAAGGACUGGAAGCUGAACGGGUGGAGACUGAAGUCCGGAGGUAAAAUCGUCAACAAGGACGAUUUUGUGGCGCUGGACAGACUGAACGCUGAGCUGGAGGUCGUCUGGAUGUACAUUCCAGGUCACGCCGGCUACACGGGCAAUGAGGAGGCCGACCGCCUCUCCAGAGAAGGAGCAGCCAAACCUCAUCUGCAGCACGACCGCGACGAAGACGAUGACGACGAUGAUGAUGAUGAUGGUUUCUGUUAAAAAAAAAACAAAAAAAAAAACAGACGAGGCGAUCGUCUCCACUUUGAAUGCCUCAAACUUUUCUGUUUCUGCACUUUAAAAAAAAAACAAAA